UAGAGGAUGACAAACGAAGAUGUCACAGCCACUGGCGGCCAGCAGCAACUGCAGCUGACACCAAAGCAACCGCCGUGGCGACUGACCAACGAUGAAGAGUUUUCAGCAAUGGUUAAUGCUUUGAAGAAUGUCAUUAUGGGUGUUUCCAGUCACCAAAACGGAUAUGGUUUUAGAAUAUUAUCUCCGGCAACCAAGGGGUGCUCUGUUCUGCUCUCUGUACCUGAAACUUGUACGGUUUGUAAAGUUAAUGGGUGUCUUGGGUGUAAUUAUUUUCAUGGUCCGAUUAAGAAAAAGAGGAAAAACUACAGAGGAGUGAGGCAGCGGCCGUGGGGGAAAUGGGCAGCGGAGAUACGGGACCCGCGUAAAGCCGCCCGGGUGUGGUUGGGGACAUUUGAGACUGCAGAGGCAGCGGCUCGGGCUUAUGACCGAGCCGCCAUUGAAUUCCGUGGUCCCAGGGCGAAGCUCAAUUUUUCAUUUACGGAUUACACGGACUCGGAAAAUGUGUCACCCCCUACUAGCAAGCCGGAAAGUAGCAAUCGAUGGAAAUCGGAGUUGGGCGAAGAAGCGGGGAAGAAACCGGUUAUGGAAAACGAUUUCUUGGAGGGAAUUGGGGAAGUUGAUGUUCAAGAAUGGAUGAUGAUGGAUUUUAAUGGGGAGUCUUCUGAUUCAACUCUUGGUGGAAGUGUUUGAUCCAUAAUUCUAAAAUAUGUAAUCAGUUAAUAACGGUUGAGAAUCGUUUUUUGUUGAUUGUUAUAGGCAAUCACUGUUUUGUUUGUAAAAGAACAUGAAUAUAAUUUUUAUCCGGUUUCAGUUUCGGUUUCCGAUCGAUCUGUCUGGGCCGGUUUACUAUGAUUAUUAAAUGAAAUACAUUGCUUAUUGGCUUCUAGGU